AACAAAGCGCGAGGCCAAGAGAAAACAACGCUCACGUGACGUUAUUUGCAUCCGAGUAAAGAUUGUGUUUUUAAAAAAGUGAUACCACUCAGCUGCUGAGGACCACCCCGCCCUAACCUUUAACAUUCGACGGUGUCUGUUCUUCGCAGCAGUAAUGUACGGAAGUUGUGACCCUCAGCAGAGCUGAUCGUUUGAGUUCCACAGAGCAGCCCGGCAUAGCUUCUGAUGGUGGUGAACCGGAGCCACAUAUCUAAUAAAGGGUACGUUUAAGGUAUGGUGGCUGUUGGAUGGUUGAUAACUGUGGACUCGUGGCUCUAGGGGCACAGCAACAUGCAGCAGAAAGGUCCGAUCCAAAUUAUAGAAUGGGAGGACCUGGACAAAAAGAAGUUCUACUCCCUUGGUGUUUUCAUGACUUUAACCACCCGGGCAACGGUCUACCCGGCAAGCCUCAUCCGCACUCGACUCCAGGUGCAGAAAGGAAAGGCCCUUUACUCUGGCACCUUUGAUGCUUUCUGCAAGAUCCUGCGGUCAGAGGGUGUGGGGGGCUUGUACCGUGGAUUUAUGAUCAAUACCUUCACUCUAAUCUCUGGACAGGCUUAUAUCACGACCUAUGAACUGGUGCGGAAGUAUGUGUCCCAGUACACGCCCAGCAACACAGUGAAGUCAUUGGUGGCUGGAGGAGCAGCAUCCUUAGUGGCACAGACCAUCACUGUGCCCAUAGACGUGGUGUCCCAGCAGCUGAUGAUGCAAGGACAAGGGGAACAUCUAACUCGCUUCAAGGUCAAACCCAAGAUGAUGCUCGCUACAACAAAGCGCAAACCCACUUUCGGCCAAACGCGAGACAUUACUGUGCAAAUAUUCGCGGCCGAUGGAUUCAGGGGAUUUUACAGGGGCUAUGUUGCAUCACUGCUUACAUAUAUUCCCAACAGUGCACUGUGGUGGCCUUUUUAUCAUUUUUAUGCAGAACAGCUGUCUUUGCUGGCACCGAGUGCGUGCCCCCAUCUGAUUCUACAGGCAUUGGCAGGACCAAUGGCAGCAGCAACUGCCUCAACCAUCACCAACCCCAUGGAUGUUGUUCGAGCAAGAGUACAGGUGGAGGGACGAUCGUCUGUUAUUGAGACGUUUAAGCAGCUGCUGGCAGAGGAGGGGGUCUAUGGGAUGACCAAGGGGCUGUCAGCCCGCAUCAUUUCUUCCAUGCCCACGUCGGUGCUUAUUGUAGUGGGAUACGAGACUCUGAAGAGACUGAGCCUACGUGCUGAUCUGGUCGAGUCACGACACUGGUGAAAGGCCACAUGGGAUCAGAUCAAGCUUGCACCAGGCUUCACCUCAGGAGAUAAAGACCCAUAUCUGAUUUCAUUCCCAUGGUAACUGGUCUACUAUGCAGAUGCUACCACAGGCCUUUCAGACUGUAAUAUUAUAAUCCAUAUAUAUGGUGAUGUUUGUCUUUAAGUGGUUUUGAGAGUUGUACAACCUGGUGGUGUGGAAUAUUUUUUCAAAACUAUUAAUGUGAAAUCUUGACUUUGACUCAUAACUAAAUUCACAAUUAAAACAAAAACCCUUUCUUACAACUUAAACCUCUGAAAAGUUUGUUAGUUGCCUCUUAAAUGGGAGUAGCUCAUCAGUGCUCCUUUAUUGCAUAUUUUAAAAGCAAGGUACAAGUGUUUUUAGAUCCAUCAAGUUUAGUCUUUCACUGUGCACCAGGCAGCCUCUGCUGCUUGUGACUUUUUGUAAAAUGGAGCCACUGAUAUAUGGGCAUUGAAGGAGGGUAUGUAUUUUUAGACCAUUGGUAGUAAAGUUUGCCUAAUGAGAUUUCAAUAUGCCAAAAUGCAGAUGGCUUGUUUUUACCUUAAUUAGCACAAGAAAGCAGGAGGCAGUGUGAGAUGUGCGAAUGCAUUCAGUGCUUUGUUUAGGCCUAAAUGAUAAGAUGUUUAAUUACAACGCCAUUAUAUCGCAUGAAAGAGGUUCGUGUGAAACUCGAUCUAGAUUUCUGUAAGUAUCUUUAAAGUAUGCUUCUGUUUAUUUACAGGAGAAAUGGUACAUUUGUUGAUGUAGAGCUUUGUGAAACCAGGCCACAGUGUUGUGUACUUUGACGUUAAGUCUGUGUUUGAUGUCACAUUUGCAGUUUGUGAAGUCAGUGGUAUGGAUUUAGCAAAGAGCAGCUUGAUGGAAAAAAAAAAAGAUGCUGCUGCAGAAGACAUGAUCAUAAAUGUUACAGACUUUUAGACAUCAGCAGAAAAGUGGGGAUUCAGAAUUUUCCUCAUCACACCCGCUAAUGUGGGUGUGAAUUAUUUAUGCUGGUUGACUGAGGGUUCACAUCUGUUACUUUUUGGUUACGGGAUGAAAUGUUUAACUUUAGUGAACUUUAGAUGUUGCCUUCACAUUUCUCUAUACUAUUCAAUGUGAGUCAGUGUGGCUGCCAUUCAACUGUUCCUGCCAAAUAACUUUUUUUUCACUACACUGUAAACUUAAAUGGUUUGGUUUGCAAACGUUUAACAUGUACAACAGUGUUUAAAUGAAUUAACUCAUCACUCCUUUAAAAGUUCUGAAAAGCAAAUCACAUGCACCAUUUUCUUGUGCAACAAAUGAGGUAUUUGUGAAUAUUUGAUUAAGAGUAAUAAAGGAUUCUGAAUCAAA